AUGCCCCCCACCCCGCUCUCACCACCCUUCACACCUACAGAGCACACGGGGGGUCGCCCACCCUACCCAUGGCUUCGGAGGCGCCUACCGGAGCGCAGCCCCCCGCAGCCCCCGCCAUCCUGCAAAAAAGCCGGAAAAAAGGGAAGGAGCAGCGGGGAUGGGGGGGGAGGCGGGCGGGCGCCAGGGGUCGAGGUGACGGGGCGGGGGGCCGAGGUGGCGGCGCUGACGUGGGCCGGGCAGCGGGCGCUGGCGCGGGGGACACGCGGGGGGCGGUGGGGCGCUUCAGGAAGGCACUGCGCCUUUCGGGGGCUCGGGCAGCCCCGGCUGCGCAGGGUUUGUGCCUUCAACCUGGGGGUCGCCUACGUGGAGAGCGGGAAACCCACCAAGGGCCUGGAAUUCCUGCUCCGAUCCCAACCCUCAGAAGGGGAGAGCAGGGAGCGGGGCGGGGGGCUCUAUUUCAAUAGGGGGCGGCUCAGGAAGGGCUCCAGGAUUUUCCGAAGGCGCUGGAGCGUCCUGGGGCGACGCAGGUGGGCGGCCGGCAGGGACCCACGUGCAGAUGGGAUGCUGCUACCUGGGAUGCGGGAGCCGGCGCGAGCCGCCCGUUGCUUCCUGGAGGCGGCACGGAGCUACGCGGCGGCGGCCAGCCCGGAGGCGGCGGCGGUGGCGCUGAGCAGGGCAGGUGGCUCCAUGUUGCAGAGCCGACGCUUCGGGGCGGCGGAGGUGGCGCGGGUCCUCGCCCAGUGCCGCUCGCUCUGCCCGAGCAUCCCCGACGCCGCCCUGCGAGCAAAACUCUACAACGACGUUGGGCUCGGCUACUGCCGGCUCCGCAUCUUCUCCCUGGCUGCCGAGAGCUUCCAGCAGGCGCUCGCCCCCCGUGCUGGCGAGCAGGAUGAGUGCAGUGAGGCCGCGCUGCUGCAGAACCUGGGUGCUGCCCACAACGCCCUGGGCAGCUUUGGCACGGCGCUGGGCUGGCACCGGCGAGCGGCGGCGCUGCACGGCGCUCGAGGGAACCGGAGGGCGCAGGGGCAGUGCUUCAGCAACCUGGCGUACGCCUGCAGCCGGCUCGGGAACCAUGAGGCUGCCGCAGAGAAUUACCUGCACGCCUUGCAAGCCUUCCGGGACUCCGGGGACAUGCAGGGACAGUGGCAAGCGUGCGAGGGGCUGGGGGCAGCCUGCCUCCACCUGGGAGACCCCCAAAAAGCCGUCAGGCACUACAAGGAGGCCCUGACUUUGCUGGCCCGCUGCCAGGACACCCCCAGAGCUGCCUGCGAGCGCGUCGUGCAGAAGCUCAGCGAUGCCAUCCAGCACCAGCUCUGCCUCUCCCGCAGGGGGGCCUGGGCGCCCACCCCAGCAGCAGUGAGCAUCCCCCUGGGUGGGCAGGGGGACACACGCAUGUGGACCCCGAGCUGUCCGCCCCCCCCACAGCAGGACCCCGUCCAACUGUGGUUUUGCUCCACGUGGCCCCGUGCCAGGGCGAGGCAGCUCCGGCAGAGCAAGGCGUCCUUCAAGGGGGGAGCCCAGGCUGGGGACGAGCCGUACGCACCGGGAACACGUCCCAGGCACUCAGGUAGAGGAGCAGCCCUGGCUGAUGGCCCCGCACCAGAGCCCCGCAACCCACAGGACAUCCCUGGGGAGGAUGAGGAUGGUCCCAGCACGGCUGCAGGGUGUCACCGUCAGCCCCGCGCCAACAGGUGGGUGGGCGAGGAGGGGCACCCCCACGCAGGAGUGUCGAAGGGGAUGCAGCGAGCGGUGGCGCCCCAGGGAUUUCUCGUGGUUCCAAGUAACCUCAGCAGCACCCACCGGCCACCAGCCCCACCGCGCCACGGCAGCCCCCAGCCCCGGCACCGGACCCCCCGGACCCUCCGACUGAGGCCCCCGGAGCGGGAGGGGGCAGCACAGCACCCCUGCAGGAAACCCACCCACCCACCCGGCACCUCUUCUGCAUCCCACCGGACACGCUGUAACACGCCAGUGGCCUCACCACCUCCCAGCCCCGCUGCUGCCACCCCCACCGCUGCCGCCAGCUGCUGGCCCCCCACCAACCAGGACCCCCGCACCAGGACCAGGGCACUAUCUGUCAUCUGCAGCCUUGUGUGAAGGCGGAGGGCACCGGGGAGAUGGUGGCAUCCCACAGUGGCCUCGCGUGAGGAUGGAGGAUAUGGUGACAUCCCACGGCAUCCUCGUGCGA